AGAAGGCGAAAAUUUCCGUCGAACAGUUUCAUUAACUGCUUCCCGGAAGGCAUUUUCCGACCGUAUUGUCAGACAGCUUGUACCGUUAGAUCAUGUGGUUUGAAGCUAAGCUAUAUCGAGUACAUGCUUGAUCGAUAUUUUCAGGUUCUCCUGUUCGUCAUACAUCAAACAAUCAGUGAUACGCAACCCAGCGUCUUGCUUCCUUAUUUGAACAUUAACGGUCCUGUUCAUCAAAAGAGCCUUGUGAACGAGACCGUCAGAUUGCGCUGUCACGUGACUGUACUGAUGUCUAAUCACUCAUCAGCUGUAUUUACUCCAAAGCUCGAUUUUCAAAACCAAACCCCUACGAAGUGGUACGCCAUUACACCAGACAGCUUGAAUCCAACCGUCAAACUUUCGGUCCAGUGGAUUAAGGACGGUUUUGGCUACGAUGCAGAUGCCCUGUUGCAUACAUUUGGAGGGCGUUACAGAAUGUUGGGAUCUUCAACGAAAGGUGACUUCACGCUCACAAUCAAUGAAUUAACAUUUGAGGACGAAGGAGAGUAUGCAUGUCAAGCCAGUUUGGUACUUCAAAACCCUAAGCUCUGGUCCUCGGAUAGGACGGAACAAGACCCUCAAAAACGUACACCAGACAACGACACUCUUCGCGGUUCGACCAUCACCAUGCUUCCAAUGAGUUUGAUCAAAAGUGAAACGGCUUCCGUUAAAAUUGUA